AUGUCUGCCGACGGAAUGCUUGCAUACGCUGCGCCCUCGCUGUUCCAGCCCCAUCGCGCGCGAGAUGCCAUUCGUGACGCUCACAAGGGCAAGAUUCCUCCCCUUCUCUGUUACUACGCUGGUCUCUCCUCCCUCCCCGUCACCCGCUUUCUCGCCCCUUUUGGCUUUGAUGCCGUCUGGAUCGACUGGGAGCACUCCUCCUGCAAUGUUGAGACCAUGACAAGUAUGGUGCAUGAGGCCAUCUUCAUGAGCCAGGGCCGCACCAUACCCUGGGUUCGCGUUCCUGGACACGACCAUGCCGCCAUUGGCUACGCUCUGGAUGCCGGUGCUAGUAUUGUCAUCCCCCAGGUCGACACUGUCGAGCAGGCAAAGCACGUCAUAUCAGCCGCGAAGUUCGGUACCAAGCAAAACGGCUCGCGUUCUGCGCCGCCGUUCCGCCUCAUCCCCUUCGUCACCGACCACGCCUACGACGGCCAGGGUGACAUCCACAAGGCGCUGAAUAAUCAAGCUGCCAUCAUGAUUCAGAUUGAGUCUUUGGAAGGUAUCAACAACCUCGACGAUAUUCUCACAGCCUGCCCCGACAUCGACGUCGUCUGGCUCGGCACCCUCGACGCACGCAUCAGCAUGAACCUUCCCGGAAACAGCGGCCUCGGCGGCAGCGAGCCUGAAUGGACGGCCGCCGUCGAGAAGUUCCGCGCCGUGCUCGACAAGCACGACAAGCCAUAUGCUGGAUUCGCGAUUCCCGUGGCACCUUAUGGAACGCCGGAGAAGUUCAAGGAGGCAGCCAAGCGGAUGAGCUUCAUGACGUUUACGGCUGACGUUAUGCACCUCAUGGCACUGGGUCAAGACCUGCAGAAUGCGAGGGGACUCCUCGCCGAGGUGAAGACGGAGAAGGAGGCCAAGACCAGGAACGGAGAAGUCCAAGCCAACGGCAGUGCCGCGACAGUGGCUACCAAUGGUCACGGAGGGAAUGGCGAAACUGUGAUCGAAGCUUGA